AUGUCAACAAAAAGUUUACCGUUCAACGAGGAGAAUUCAGAACGAUUUCCAACAUGUGACAUUGGACGUGUUAGCUUUAAGUAUAUUUGGACAAUAAAGAUUUUAAUGCGUCAACUUAAUGAUAAUGAAUCAGUGAUCUUACAUGUAUCACCAAAAUUCGCAACUGUUUAUGGACAAGUCGCAUUUCAAUGGUCGUUACAAAUGCAUGGCACAAUUCUUUUUAAUAAUCAGGAGGAAAUGGAAUUAGAAGAAAGUCAGGAUGAAACGAAAUGUGAGUUGAAUUAUAUUGCAUUAUCGUUGUAUUUUAACGAUGGACCAGCACCAAUUAUCGACGAUCUACAAGCAAUCACGAAAUUUUUACUGGACAAAAAAUAUAGCCUUGAUGGCAGUAAUGAUGAUUAUGUUAUUGCUGAAACAAAGAAAUUAAGCGCUGUUCGUGGUAAAAAGACCGAGCUUACAGCACUUCAACGUUUUGAUUUCUCAAAUUAUAUAAAGGAAAACUUAGGUCAAGUCGUUCGUUUAUCGGUUACGUUAAAUUUGCCCCAACAGCUAUUUGAACCGAAUACUUAUCUCAGUACACUUACACCAAUACCAAUUACAUCAUUUCUUACCGCAAACUACAGGGCAAGAGCAUCAUCAAAAGUGUUCAAUAGGCGAUCACUAAAAAACAAAUUAUUGACUAGUAUGGAAGAUAAUAUUCGUCGAAGGCUAUCUCUAAAGCAACAGGAUGAUUUUGAAGAAGUUUUUAAUCGUAUAAUGAAAGAUGAAAAGGAACUUUGUAGUAAAUCUCGUUCAGGAAAUGCAAAGAAAGCUAGUUCAAAUUAUAAAACGGUAUUGUUCAAAAAAUUGCUAAUAGAAUGUUGUGAUAGUUGCCAAAAGAGAGCAAAAAUAAUGGAAGAGGAAAAUUUUGAGAUGGAACGGGAAGAGAUAGAAGAAUUGGAUGAGGAAAAUGCCUUUGAAUGUAGUGAACAGAAUAAGGAUGCUCUUCAUGAGGUGCUAGCUAAUAUGUUUUUUACACGAGUUGCUUUACCACAAAUGGAUUAUAUUGAAAAUUUCACUGAUUUUUUAUGUGACGCUGAAUUGCAUAAUUUACCGGUGCUAAAACGAGUAUGUGAAGGAUAUCUCUGCAGUGAAUUAAAUUCAGAAAAAGAUUUAAUAACAUCAUUAUUGUUGGAGCUCUUAUUUCUGGCUAUUGUUUUCAAUUUACGUGUAUUGAAAUCAAUGACACUUUCCGAAUUAUCCAAUCGUCCCGAAGAAUUGGAUGAACCAGAUGCCUUAUUAGCUCUUGAGGAGUACAAAGAUCUAGAUCGUCGAAUGAUACAACUUAGUGGAAGCAAUCUUGCUGAAGUGAUUGGAGAAGUGCAAAAUUUUCGGGAGCAAAGGUUGCGUACAAAACUGAUUAAAUGA